AUGGCGACGCUCAUCGUGGGCGGAGGAAUCGUCGGAGUUACUGCUGCCCAUUAUUUGCUGAAAAAAGGAAAGAAGGUUACCCUGAUUGAGAAAUGUGCCAUUGCCUGCCACUCCUCGGGAAAAGCGGGCGGAUUCCUGACGGAUGGGGAUUCAGGCUGGCACAGCGGUCCGAUUGCCCGCCUUGCAAAGCGCUCCUUCGCAUUGCACGAGGACCUGGCGAAAGAGUUGGGGUCUGAAACCAUUGGCCAUCGGCGGGUGAAGUGCGUGGGUCAAGGACGGGACGCCAGCACCGCACAGCCUGCAUGGCUUGCCCCCGGCCAGUACCAACGGGACAUGGGCAACGAGAGUGGCCUGGCGCAGGUCACGCCCUACAAGCUGAUGGAGGCACUGAAGGACUCCAUUGUGAAACAAGGCUGUGAGAUCAUCAUUGGCAAAGCUGUCGGUGUGGAGAUGGAGGGCGCCAGUGUAAAAGCCCUCAAGGUGCAGCAGGAUGGCAAGGAGACGUCGCUACCCUGUGCUGCCCUGAUCAUGGGGAUGGGCGCAUGGGCGAAUGAAGCCGCCAAGUGGUUUCCCGAGAGCACACUACCUCAGCGGACUGUUUCAAAUCGCUACACCAGCGUUAUUUGGGAUGAUGUUGAGGUGGGGAAGGAUGCUACCAUGGUGUUCACGAUGGGUGAGGACCACACGGAGAUAUAUCCUCGAACCAACGAAUGCUACGCUAAUGGCUGCCCCACAGAUCCUCCGCUGCCAGACAAUCCGAUGGAGAUCGAGCCCCCUCAGGAUGAGAUCGACAAAGUCAAGGCUGAGAGCAUUGCCGCUGUUCCGCGGCUGAAGGAUGCAACGAUCAUCCGCACUACCGCCUGCUUCCUAGCGGGCUCAGACGAUCAUCGACCCGUCGUUGGCCGAGUGCCGAAGACCGAGAACGCUAUCAUUGCGUGUGGCGGCGGAUGCUGGGGCAUUCUGAAUGGCCCAGCGAUGGGAGAGGCAGCCGCGGCCAUGGCAGCUGGAGAGGAGCUGCCCCUGGACAUGGCUCCGUUUGAUCCCAUACGUUUUGACCGUUCCCAUCUGCCAGCUUUCAUCAAGGGCUUGCCCCCAAAGCUGACAGUCGCUUGGUGCAUUUUCAGACUGGCAUAG